GUGUAUGUCUUUCCUGCGAAAUAUCCCCUCUACACUACGACAUACGAAAAUAUUUUCCGGAAAAUUGUAAGGAUGUUAAUGUGAAGUGAUAUCGAGAUUAUUGAAGUUGGCUGUGUGUACUGUGAAUAAUGUGAAUUAUGGUUUCCAAGUGACGUUGUUUCGAAAAUGGUGGUGUUAAUUAUUCUUGGCGUAUUUAUAGCCCGUACCGUAUGCCACACCAUAACGCUAUUGGACGUGCCGCGGUGGGCUGACCCGCGGAUAGAAGCAGAACUUCGCUGUAACUACACGAAGCAACCUCUUGACCCUCCACUGCACUCCGUCAAGUGGUACCGAGGCACGCAUGAGAUCUUCCGAUACACGCCGGAAGAGUAUGAAAGUCGAGCAUUCAACACCAGUGGAGUGUUAGUGACGAAUAGUUCCUGUGACCUAUUCGCUUGCGUGAUCACCCUGCGCCCGGAGCCGGGCACCGCCAAGUAUACCUGUGAGGUCUCCAGUGAGGGUCCUCGGUUCGCUGUAGAUAGGAAAUCAACCAAUAUGACUCUAGCAGUGCUACCAGAAUAUGAGCCUCUCAUCAUUGGUCUACCGACAUACGUGAACGCGGGAGAGCAGGCGCUGGUGAACUGCACGUCAGACCACUCGCUCCCCGCCGCCAUGUUGGACUGGUUUGUGGACUCCGAACUGCAGGAGGACCCAGUCAUAACUGGGGAGACACAUGUAUCCGGAGCCGACGGUGACGGCCUGCGUGCCUCGUGGCGCACUUUACACGUGUAUCCAGACGACUACGCGACCCACCGCGGCUUCCUCUCGCUGGAGUGUCGAGCCACGCUGCCCACGCGGCCGCCGAACGUGCGCAGCAUGGCCGUGCGGCUCUACGUCGAGAGUCGUCCCCACAUAUCAUCUCCUAUGUUAAGUAAAACUAAUGCUGUAGGUAAGAGUAACGCAAUGAGAUUGCGUUGUGAGUUUUUUAUCUGGACGUUGUUACUCCUCGUGCGAAGACAAGUGCCUUUACUAGUGAAAUAAGACCAGUUGUCUACUGAACUGAACUAACGAAUUAUUUGUGGACCUUCAAAACGUACGUGAAGCUGUGAAGUAUAGAUAAGAUAAUUAUUACGAGAUAUACCUACCUACUUAGAUUAUAUAGGUACAUUUCUAGAUGGAAUUUAGACUUAUAGACUUAACAUUUCACAUAUUAUAAGUCUAUAAAACAGCUAUGAGUUUUGCAAACGCUUACGCACUAAGCCGAUCCGAAUCCGUGAAAAAACGGAUAUAAAAAACUCGGACCUAACUCAGAUAUUGCUUACGCACUAAUCCGAUCUCUGAUCGAAAUCUUAGCUAUUCAGUCGACAUCUUUGACAUUUUAUCUACGUCAUUAAUUGUCCGAUUUAAAUCCGAGGCACAUCCGAGAUAUUCUCACGGAUGUCGAAAAGAAUUCGGAUGACGGAAGUCGAAGCCAGUGCGUAAGCUAUACCAUACAAAUAGUUCUAUGACUUCGGAACGUAUUUUCACGGAUUUGGAUCGGAUGUAGUGCGUAUUCGC